GCGCGCGCGCGUUCAGCAAUUCAGUUUGGUAACGUGGCAUCCCCCGAACAGGUAUACCUGUGCGGUCCGUCUCGUUAUUGUCGAUUUGUAAAAAUAUUCCGUUCCGACGAGGCAGAGGGGAAUAGGAAUAAAAAAAAAAAAAAAUAAAAAUAAAAAUAUCGAAAAAUAAAAUAGAUAAAAAAUUUUUUGUCGUGCGCGCCCCUACCCCGGCAAGGUUUUGUUUUUGCGUGUGCGUGUGCGCUUGUGUUUGUGCAGUGGCUCGGUCGUGCGCGCCUGCGUGAGUGUGUGUGUGUGUGUGUGUGUGAUAUACGUCGAUUGUAUAUGUUUUAUUGUUAUUGUGCGCGUGUGUGCGAGGUUUGCCGUGUCGUCGUGCCAGUGCGAAAUUUUUGAAAAAUACCCGUCGUUUUUGGUGCCUCCAUCCGUCGCCGCGGCGUUCGAGAUUUCGAGUUUCGCGCGUUCGGUUUUCUUUCAUUUCGACCGGCGGCAGCGCGCUCGGUUGCGGUGAAAUUUUCGGUCGUUCGGUGUUUUCGGUCUUUGGUUCGUUCUCAUUAUUUUAAAUUUUGUUCUGUUUGUUGAUAUCGAUCGAAUGCCGUCCGUGGCCCGAGUGAUCCGAGCACGUUAAAUAUUGUUAUUAUUAAUAAUAAUAAUAAGUAUCACGCGCUCCGCGCCGGUGUCAAUAACCGACAAGUGGGACAUCGCGCGUCAGCAAAGAAGUUUCUCCUUUUUACGGAGAGAGACAUUCUACGCUGCGUGUACCGGUCUGCAAAACGGUCAGUGUACACGAAUUUUAUGUUUGCAUUCUUCUGAACUGACAAAAUGGUACCGGGGUGGUUAGGCCUUAUCGACGACCAACUGCCCGUCGCGGGAGUCAGCUGUGAUGUCUCUAUCACGUGGAGGACGGCCCCGGUCGACUAUUUCAUAUAAAUCAUGAAGAGACGACAUUCAGAGGCCUAAUGGAAUGAAGGAAUCUACAGGCUUUUUCGGCGACCCGUUACCGACGUCGGGCGAAACAGGCACAGAACUGACGGUUCGGGAGCUGGAAGAGAUGGCGUGCCGACAACAGCAUCAGAUCGAGUCGCAGCGGCAGCUGUUGGCUGCCAAAGAGCAGCGGCUCCGCUACCUGAAACAACACGACGCCAAGCACCAUCAGGUGGCGGCGGAGCACGAAAGGCUCCGCCGCCUCCGGGAUCGGGUCGAGGCUCAAGAACAAAAGCUCCGCAAGCUCCGGGCGCUUAGAGGUCAAGUGGACCAGACUAAACUCAACAACGCUACACUCACUUCUGACCUGGAAUCGAUCCGUGCCUUGUUUAAUGAAAAAGAAAAAGAACUAACAAUGGCUGUGGCUAAAGUGGACGAACUAACUAGGCAACUAGAAGACGUCCAUAAAGGACGAGGUCAUGCACAGCCUACGUCUCCGGCCUCCAUAGAACUUGACAAACUACGAGCUGAGUUAUUAUACCGGAACAAAUUGGGGGAACAGCAAACUGCUAGGCUGGUACAACAACGUGAAGUUCUUUCUAAAAGACAAGAGGAAAUGGCAUCUAUUGAUCGGCGAAUAUCGGAACUACAAGCUAGGUUACACAGGAAGAGACUGCUUAACCAACAGCUUGCCAAUCAAAUCCAAGCUAACAAACCAGGCCAUAAUAACAGAUCUCUGGGCGGCCCAGGUAAACAAAUGAUGCCGCUGUGCGAUGGCAAAAUGAAUGGUGGUGGCGGUAACGUUGCAGCCAUCGAGCCGUUUAACCACAUACCGGAUGCGAUGAGCAAGAAUUCGAUGUUACGCAAGUCCGAGGAUAACAUUCUUAGCCACGCCACGGUAAACGGCGACCCACAGUCAUAUGGUGGACGGUCUGGCAGGCCUGAGCAAAAAUCAUUGUCUCAACAGCCUUUGGUCCAGAAACCGAUGAUGGACCCAUACCAACAACAGUAUCAACUGACAAAUAACAACUAUAAAAUUGAACAACAGACAAACGGUAACCCAGGUGACCUUGCAUAUUUUGGCGGUAGCAAAUUUGACCCUAAAUACCAGACAUUACCUUACAAUACCAAAUUCUCACCAUUGGCCAACUACAAUGGAAACCAAUCGGCCAUCCAACACCAUCAACAUCAGCAACAACAGCAGCAACAGCAGCAACAUCAUCAUCAUCAUCAGCAACAACAACAACAUAACCAACAACAACAGAACCAGCAACAGAACCAGCUGCAACAACAGAACCAGCAUCAACAGUGGUUUAGUCAACAUGAAGAGAUUUCCGAGGACAUUAAUAGGGACCUAGUCAAUAAUAAUACCAACUAUUACGGAGUCGAUCAAAAAGUUAAUGGAACGGCCCAAAACAAAAAGUCAGUUUUGACCGGCCAAGUUCUGACAAACCUGGGACAAAAUUUACAAAUGCAGAGUUCCAGCAGACCUAUUAACGCUCAAGUAUAUCACACGAAACCACUUUCAUCUUCUAAUCAUACUACUCAAAGGCCUUUAAACUAUUCAAUACACCACCCUCCGGUUCUGGUGACUAGAAGCCAACCAGUCGGUGGCACUGGCAUAAUAAAUCAUCAGAAACCGACCAGCAGUGUUUCACCCAUUUAUCAAACUUCUUCGACUAAGGUACAGCCGGUGCAACCUCAAGUUUUAAAUUCCAUGACGACGAACCAAGUGGUGCCUAAAGAAUUGAAACAGCCAAUUAGGGUAGCAGUGGAGUCUGAACAACCGGUCGGCACGGAUCGGGCCGGCAGCCCUCCAACCGUUGGAAAACCGGCGUUACCCCCCAAACCUCCUCCACCACUUGUAAAGACUUGUACGCCACCACCGCCACCUAGGCAAAAUGCUUACCACCACCACAUACCUCAGUACCAUCAGCCGGACCUGUCGUCGGAAGACGGGGGUCCAGGAGGAGCUGGCAGUGGUCGUUCGUACUACACCGAAUCUAGACCAGCGCCACUUCAAAAAGACCUGACUCCUCCACCACCGCGGAUACCCAAUGGUGGAAUUUCCGGAGUUUCGGUCAAGCCUGGCUUUGGCAACUUGGUGGAUUCGUCAGAGUCCGACAAUUCGUCGAGUUCGGCUUCCAUGCGAUCAACGUUCGGUAGCAAUGUCAAAAGUGGUGAACAUUUGUUGGAUAACGUGAGGUCUGUAAGCAUAUCAACGACCAAAGGAACACCUCCACCUCCACCACCACCACCACCAUCAUUGCAACAGUCGUCUGUUACGGCAGCCGCUUCUCCAACUGAACCCAAGGAUCAGCAACAGCAGCAGCCACCACCCCAUGAAGCAAAACUUUCCUCUAGACUGCCAUCACUCUUGCUCAGUCGAACCACUUCUUAUCCAGUGACGGAUAUCGUUGGGAACGAGAGCAAAGUCAACAACAAUAGCCACCACCAUCUUCUCCAUCAUCAUAAUAACAUCAACAAUAACCAGCAGCAACAACAACCACUACAACAACAACAACCGGCACAGUCUCCGUCAGUUAUCGCUACAUCCACCAUUUCCACCUCAUCAACUGUCAGACAACCAGAUCCUCAGGCUACGGCGACUGAUGAAACGGACAGAGCACGAGCAGUUAGUGUCGCCCAGCGCAUUGACGAACUAGAGACACGUUUUGGGGGUGGAGGCAGCAGCAUAGGGGUCGUUGGUUGUGGAGGGUCUUCGUCCACUGACGAUAACAGUACUAGCAACCACAGCUCUUCAUCGCCAGACUCUGGUCAAGACUCAGGCAGAGACGACAUAUCCGUGGAAUGCAGAAACAGGUUAGUUGUGCGGAAGAAAGGCAACCUCAAGGAAUCUGGCGGAAGCAUUGGUCACAAACGACGGGUAUCGUUCGAUCCGCUUGCAUUGCUGUUGGACGCCUCGUUGGAGGGUGAACUCGAGCUGGUUAUGCGAACCGCUGAACAAGUGGGAGAUCCAAGCGCAGCCAAUGAUGAAGGAAUAACUGCGCUACACAAUGCCAUAUGCGCCGGCCAUAUAGACAUUGUUAAGUUUUUAGUUAAGUUUGGCUGUGAUGUAAAUGCUCAAGACUCCGAUGGAUGGACGCCGUUACACUGUGCCGCCAGCUGUAACAACCUCGCCAUGGUCCGAUUUCUGGUAGAGCACGGGGCGUGCAUAUUCGCCACCACAUUGUCAGACCAGGAGACGGCCGCCGAAAAGUGCGAGGAAGACGAAGAGGGUUUCGACGGGUGUUCGGAGUUUCUUUAUAGUGUUCAAGAAAAGUUAGGCAUUAUGAAUAAUGGUGCAGUGUACGCGGUUUUCGGGUAUGAGGCACACAACCAGGAUGAGUUAACUUUUGACGAUGGUGACAGGAUUGUCGUACUACGGAAAGGCGACGACACCGAGCGAGAAUGGUGGUGGUCGAGGAUUGACGACCGCGAAGGAUACGUGCCGCGGAAUUUGCUUGGGCUUUACCCGAGAGUGAUCGGUGGCAAAAAAUCGGUGACCGAAUGACAAUCCGCUUUGGUAGCAACAGCGGUAUCACCGGUGUCCGUCAAGAAGCUGAUCGAUUCUUGGGUCCCGCCAAAAUCAUAUCAUGCAACGAUAUCAUUCUUAUUGUGUUAGACUUUCUCAUAUCUAUAACGUUAUUAUCUAUAUUAUUAUUAUUAUUAUUAUGAUUAUUUUACAUUUUUUUUACAAUUUAUUUUUUGACUUAUUGUUUUUUUUUUUUUUUUUUGUAAUCAUAGAAAACACACUUCAUUUAUUUAUUAUCUCUAUAAUUAUCAUUAUUAAUAUUAUUUUGUUGUAAUUUAAGACCAAAGUUUAUUUAUGCGUUUUGACCAUGACAAAUUUUAUGAAAGCAUUAUCGCGGUGUAUAUAUCGUAUAGUAAUUUUAUAAUAAUUUAGUUGACAAAAAAAAAGAAAAAACUUUAAAAUUAAAAUUCUUAUAUAUUCUUAUUCAUACAUUGAAAAGUUCACGCGCUCGAGUACGUGACAUAUAUAUUAUAUAAUUUUGUAUUUACGUUGAACGUGCAUAAAUUGUUUUUGAAUUUUUUUUUUUUUUUAUUUAUUUAUUUAUUUUAUGUUUUCCUAAGUGUUUUCACGUUUAUAUGAGUACAUUAAACUAAACAUCAUCGUAUUUGUAUCAUAUUAUAGUAUUUUGACUAAAUUUUUUUUUCUGAAUAUUGUGAUGUAUAAAAAUAGUAUAUAAAACGUAUUUCUUUUCUUUGUUGUUUAUCCAAUAUUAUUGUUAUUGAAAUAAAUUUUUAUUAUUAUA